AUGGCUCGGCCCGCCAAACGCCAACGGAGGCUGAGCAGCGACGACGACCAUUGGGCCAGGUGCGUGUGCGACUGCGCUUAGCGAUCCAUUCUCCAUCCAUUCCACUGUCGCCCGUACAACCUCCCACCCUCCCCUCCCCCCUCUCCUCUCUUCUCUCUGCUCUCUCUCUCCCCACACUCUUUCCCGCUGCCAUGGCCGCCCGCCGCCUGCGCUCCCGCGCCGCAAUCAACGCUGACCGCGCGCCCACCUCCAGCUCCACGCGCCCGCGUCGCGCCGCCGCAGCCCCCACCUCCGCCACCAUCGAGCGCACCUCGCCCGAAGAAACGCGCCAGUCGAUCCACCUGACCGUCAAAGCUGCCCCGAGCAAGCUGCGCGAGGCCACUAGCCGCCGCCAUGCCGUCCACCGCCAGGCCCGCGGCAAGAAGGCCAUAGUCGACGAGACGAGCGAGGAUGACGAAGAGGACGAAGAGGACGACGACGAUGAGGCCGACUACGACGAGGAGGAUGCAGAGGGCGACGACGACGAUGAGAUCAUUGUAGGCAGGAGGGCACCGCCUCCCGAUGAUGAGGAUGCCGAGGGCGACGACGAUGUAGACAUGGAUGACGCGCUGCCUGCACCACCCCCGCCGGCCGUCAAGUCGCGCGGGAACGCCAAGGCCAGCGCCAAAGCCGCGGAGAAGGAAGUGCCGAGCGUGGAAGCCAAAGAAAUGGCCAUUGCCGAUGACGCGAGCGAGGAUGAGGAGCUCUCGGAGCUGGAGUCACAACCGUCCUCGUCAUCGGACGAGGAGGACUUGGGCGGCGAUGACGAUGUGGACGCCGACGACAUGGAUGACGAGGAGGAGGAAGAGGAGCUCGACAGUGCUGGCGACGACGACACCCCCAUGACUGGCAGCCCCGGUGGCACGCCUGACCUCAGCAAGCUGACGCGCCGGCAGCGUGCCGCGUUCGAGACGUACGAGGGCGAGCUGAUCUCGCUGUCGAACGAGGCACAGAAGAAGAAGCACCUCACAGCCGAAGAGCACGCCAUGCGCCGGGCAGAAAUGGCUCGGCGGCGAAAGAACCUGAGCGAGAAGCGCAACGAAGAGGAAAAGCGCCUCCAGAUGGACACGAUAAACCGGCUCCUCAAAAAGCAAGCCCCCAAGCGCCGCGGCCGCAAAGAAGUCGACGCCGAUGCCGCCGCCGACGAGCCCGCCGCUGCCUCCGCCUCCGCGUUCGCGACCGACAACCCCGACGCCGAACCCGACCCCGAUGCGCCUCGCGCCUCGCCCCUGUUCGUGCGCUACGUCCAGACGGCGCGUGGCUCCCGUGCCGCUGCGCCUGUCGAGUGGCUUGCUGGGCCUGCGGGGCGGGUGUUUGAGGGUCGCGGCGUUAGGGGGAAGGCGGGCUUGGGGAAUGGGGCUAUGGUGCAGGAGGUUGCGUAGAGAUUGACACGGGGUGUUAAUGGGAUAAAAUGGGAGGAGAGAAUUGGUUGAGGAGGCUGGGUUGGUUGGUCAUUUGGUCUUAUUCUGGUACGGCUUUUUUUUUUUUUUUGGGUGUGGGUUUGGGCUUGGUUCGAGGGCUUAUUAAAGGCUUGGUGAGAGUGCUGCGGUACUCGCUCGCUCGCUCCUCCUUCCCGUUGCCUGCAUAGAGAGGCGCAUUCUUCGGGGUACGGUAUGUAGAUUGAUUAGAUGAAUACUUCCUCCC